AUGAGUUUACCAAAAGGCUUUACAACACCAGAUGACUACUUUCUCGAGUCCAUAAGUUUUCUUAAAGAAUUUUCAUGGAUCUACCAAGAAGCCAAUACAUGUUUUAUAAAAUCCAAUAUAUUGGCCAAUAUGCCAACAGAGUUUCGUAGCUAUUUCCAGGAUAUAGACAACAAUGAACUAAAUCAAUUUCCCCACGUGCAUCAGACAUUAACUACACUUCAAGAACCACCCAUAAAAGAAUUUCGUCGACGUUUAAGCUCUUUAAUACCAAAGCAAGCAUUUGAAGACCCUCCACCCUUAGAAGACAAUUUAAAUUUAAAAACAGAAAACUUUAAGAAAAUGAAUGUGAAAAAACGUCAUGAAAUUUUACGCCUAGCCCAAGCCAUACACCGGGAAUUGCAGCAGGAGCAUGAAUCAUGUGUCUUAAUUGACUUUGGUUGUGGUUUAGGUUAUCUAAGUGAAAUCCUUUACAAACUUAAUGAAAACUAUUUAAUUUUGGGUCUAGAAUCAGAUCCGUUGCGUGUACAGGCGGCAGAGAAACGGUUGGAGGCCUAUAUGCCAAAGGCAAAGAAUUCCAUACGCUAUUGCCAGCAAUUCAUCACCGAGAAUUCCAAAGAUUUUAUAGCUGAGAAUGUAACAGAACUUUUACAAUCCAAUUAUGGCUACGGCAAUGAUACAUUACGGCCCACCACACAAGCCAUAAUUGGUUUACAUGCAUGUGCCGACUUGACAAUUACCUCCAUGAAACUUUUUCUUUACACGCCCGAAGUACGUCACCUGAUAAUCAUGCCCUGUUGCUAUCACAAAAUGCAAAUGUGUGCCAAGACUUUAAGGUUCGACAAUUUCCCAUUGAGUCGUAGUCUGCAAAAGGUGAUUGCUGUGGGCGAAGACGACAGCAGUGAAUAUGAAAAGGAGGAGCAGAAGAAGGAAAAUGACAGUGUCAUCAAUAAUUAUUCGAGAUAUUUAAAUCGUCCAUUCCUGCGUUUGGCCUGUCAGCAAACACUGAAGAGAUGGCAGAAUUGCACCGCCGAACAGCAUUCACGCCAUGGCCGAGAAAUGUUUCUGAGAGCCGUUGCUGAAGCAUUGCCCAGAAAGGAAAGGGAAAUUGUGGUUAAGUGCAAGGAAAAAAUCGAUUUAUUGCCUGAAAAUAUUUUGGAUUUUAAUCACUUUCGACAUUUGUAUCGUUUGCAAUCGAAAAUUGAUGGAGCGUUGUUGGAUUGGUCUGAGAUGCAUGAAAAGACAUUUAAUAUGCUAUUGGAGCAGUACCCGUAUGGGGAACGACUGGCUGAAGGUUUAACCUGCCUGCAGACUGCGAUACAGAAAUUAUGUGAAAACUUGGUUCUCUAUGACCGACUGUGUUUUAUGCAAGAGGCAGCUGCUGAUUUGAACCUCAAUAUCAAUGUGUGCUAUGAAAAGCUCAUGGACGAAGAAUUAUCGCCCCGAUGUUAUGUUUUAAUUGCUGAAAAGGUUUGA